AUGAAACAUCCAGAUCCAGGCAAGAAACAUCAUAGAAAACUAUUAGAUGCUUCAGGCGCUGCUCCUGAACAAGAAGAUGUUACAGCUACCGCUAUCCUAAGACAAAAGAAGAAACCAAACACUUUGCUUGUUGAUGAUGCUACCAAUGAUGAUAAUUCCAUUAUAGCGUUGAAUUCAAACACGUUAGAUACUUUAGAAUUGUUUAGAGGGGAUACUGUUUUAGUUAAGGGUAAGAAACGUAAGGACACCGUUUUGAUUGUACUUGUUGAUGAUGAAGUGGAAGAUGGUUCUUGUAAACUUAAUAGAAUUGUGAGAAAUAAUUUGAAUAUUAGAUUGGGUGAUUUGGUUACUAUACAUCCAUGCCCUGAUAUCAAAUAUGCGUCAAGGGUUUCUGUCUUACCGAUUGCGGAUACUAUUGAAGGUGUUACAGGAAACUUAUUUGAUGUGUUUUUGAAACCAUAUUUUGUUGAAGCUUAUAGACCUGUAAGGAAGGGAGAUCAUUUUAUCGUACGUGGUGGGAUGAGACAAGUGGAAUUUAAAGUUGUUGAUGUAGAGCCUGAUGAGUAUGGUGUAGUAGCUCAAGAUACUGUCAUUCACUGGGAAGGUGAACCAAUUGAUCGUGAAGAUGAGGAAAAUAGUAUUAACGAUGUAGGUUAUGAUGAUAUCGGUGGUUGUCGUAAACAAAUGGCUCAAAUUAGAGAAAUGGUUGAAUUACCAUUGAGACAUCCACAAUUGUUUAAAGCUAUUGGUAUUAAACCACCAAGAGGUGUCUUAAUGUAUGGUCCACCUGGUACAGGUAAAACUUUAAUGGCAAGAGCUGUUGCAAAUGAGACAGGUGCCUUUUUCUUCUUGAUUAAUGGUCCAGAGGUUAUGUCCAAGAUGGCUGGUGAAUCUGAAUCUAAUUUAAGAAAAGCUUUUGAAGAAGCUGAAAAGAAUGCUCCUGCUAUUAUCUUCAUCGAUGAAAUCGAUUCUAUUGCUCCAAAGAGAGACAAAACUAAUGGUGAAGUGGAAAGAAGGGUUGUCUCGCAAUUAUUAACUUUAAUGGAUGGUAUGAAGACAAGAUCCAAUGUUGUUGUUAUUGCUGCUACAAACAGACCAAAUUCCAUUGAUCCAGCUUUGAGAAGAUUUGGGAGAUUUGAUCGUGAGGUUGAUAUUGGUAUUCCAGAUGCUGUAGGUCGUUUAGAAAUCUUAAGAAUUCAUACAAAAAAUAUGAAGUUGUCUGAUGAUGUUGAUUUAGAAUAUCUAGCCAAUGAAACACAUGGGUAUGUUGGUUCUGAUGUCGCAUCUUUAUGUUCUGAAGCUGCAAUGCAACAAAUUAGGGAAAAGAUGGAUUUGAUUGAUUUAGAAGAAGAUGAAAUUGAUGCAGAAGUGUUAGAUUCGUUAGGUGUUACAAUGGAUAAUUUCAAAUUUGCCCUAGGUAACUCGAAUCCAUCAGCAUUACGUGAAACUGUUGUGGAAAGUGUUAAUGUUACAUGGGAAGAUAUUGGUGGUUUAGAUGAAAUUAAGCAAGAAUUGAAGGAAACUGUUGAGUAUCCUGUUUUGCAUCCAGAUCAAUAUACUAAAUUUGGUUUGGCUCCAUCAAAGGGUGUUUUAUUCUAUGGUCCACCAGGUACAGGUAAGACGCUUCUAGCUAAAGCUGUCGCUACUGAAGUAUCUGCUAACUUUAUCUCUGUUAAGGGUCCAGAAUUAUUAAGUAUGUGGUACGGUGAAUCAGAAUCUAAUAUUCGUGAUAUUUUUGAUAAAGCAAGAGCAGCAGCUCCAACUGUAGUCUUUUUAGAUGAACUAGAUUCUAUUGCCAAGGCAAGAGGUGGAUCGAUGGGGGAUGCAGGCGGUGCAUCAGAUAGGGUUGUCAAUCAAUUAUUAACUGAAAUGGAUGGUAUGAAUACAAAGAAAAAUGUUUUCGUUAUUGGUGCUACAAAUAGACCUGAUCAAAUUGAUCCCGCUAUCUUAAGACCAGGUAGAUUAGAUCAAUUAAUAUAUGUCCCAUUACCGGAUGAAAUUGCAAGGUUAUCUAUUCUACGUGCACAAUUAAGAAAGACUCCAUUAGAACCAGGCCUUGAAUUGGAAGCUAUCGCUAAGGCAUCUCAAGGUUUCUCUGGUGCAGAUUUAUCAUAUAUUGUUCAAAGAGCUGCUAAAUUUGCCAUUAAGGAAUCCAUUGAGGCACAAAAGGAAAAAUUAUUGAAGAAGGAACAAGAGGAUGCCGAGGCAGAAGCUAAUGGUAUGGUAGUUGAUAAGGAGAACGAAGAUGAAAAGGAAGUUGAAGAAGAUCCUGUACCAUAUAUUACGAAGGAACAUUUUGCUCAAGCUAUGAAGACUGCUAAGAAAUCUGUCUCUGAAGCUGAAUUACGUCGGUAUGAAGCUUAUUCUCAGCAAAUGAAGGCUUCCAGAGGCCAAUUUAGUAAUUUUGCGUUUGAUGAAAAUGCUGCUACUGCUGCCUCGUCUUCCAAUGCUGCUUCAAAUGCAAACGCAGGUGACAAUGCCACAUUUGGUACUGCUGCUGCGGAGGAAGAUGAUGAUUUGUACAAUUGA